AUGGCUGAUUAUUCUGCUGAAAAAAAACCGGAAUUCACGAUGCAGAAAUGGAAUCUGCCAGCCACGGCUGGCCUGUGGUUGCUGCUGGCGGCCUUGGCCUUUGCAGAGGGUUACUCCCCGUUUAUGCGAGUCCGUCAUGGAACGACAAUUGAUAUAUCCGGUAACGAGGAAAACACGACGACGGUUUUGGCUAAUCCUUACAUUGUACCGUCGCUACCGCUGAAGAGUAAGAAUGAAAACGAAUUCACCACCAGCCUUGGUAAAGAUGCGUUUGAAGUCAUCUACCAGUGGAAGAUAAUAGAUUUCCUCUACCCGAGUCUGCAGGCGCGGAACAAUGCCAUCCGGACUAAAUCAUUCAUCCCGGAAAAUAAUCUUCCUCUCGGAGUGGAUCGCUUCCGCAAUCGUGUCUUCAUUACUACCCCUCGGUGGAAUCCUGGUGUUCCGGCCACUUUGUCCUAUAUGCCACUGCCGGUGGAAAACCCAAGUGCCCCACUGAAUCCCUAUCCGGACUGGAGCUUCCAUACAACCCCGCAGAAUCCGGACUGCAGCAAGCUGGUUUCGGUGUACCGAAUCUUCGUCGACGAGUGUGAUCGAUUGUGGGUUUUGGACGCUGGAGUUAUCGAUACACUAACGAACUUGCAGCAAAUCUGUCCUCCCAAGGUGCUCGCCUUCGACUUGCACACCGACAAGUUACUGUUUACGUACGUUCUUCCGCCGGAGCAAGUUAAGCAGGACUCGUUGCACACGAAUCUGGUGGUGGACAUCCGGGACGGACAGUGCGAUGAUGCCUUUGCCUACGUGGCCGAUGUGUGGCGUUUCGGAAUCACCGUUUUCAGCUUGCGUGAAUUUAAGAGCUGGCGCACUACAAACUAUCUGUACAACCCGAAUCCGUUCGCCAGCGAUUACAACUAUCAGGAGCUGAACUUCCAGUGGUCGGAUGGGGUGUUUGGAAUGUCCCUUUCGCCCGUUCAUCGCGAUGGCGAUCGUAUGGUUUUCUACCAUCCGAUGUCUAGUUUUACGGAAUUUGAAGUCCCAGCAUCGGUGCUACAGAAUGAAACCAUCUGGCAAAACUUUGGCCUGGCGAAGGCGUUCCAACCGAUCGGAAGCCGCGGCAAGGGAGGUCAAUCGUCCACUUCCGGAGUGGCCAAGAACGACGUUCAGUUCUUCACCUUGGUGCAGCAGAGCGGCGUCGGUUGUUGGGAUCUGGCGAAGCCGUACAAUCGCAACAAUCUGGGGAUUGUCGAGAAGAACCCGGACAAGCUGACGUUCCCGAACGAUUUGAAGGUGGACCGGGAACCGAAGCAAUCGAUUUGGGUUAUCAGCAAUAAGCUGCCGAUUUUCCUGUACUCACGGUUGGACUACAGUCAGAUCAAUUUCCGUGUGCUGCGGGCCGAUGUUCAUAGUUCUGUGUUGGACUCGAUUUGCGAUCCCCGAAUGGCACCGAAUUUGGCCUACAAACAGGACCCGGAGUGUGACCCGUAGUUUGGUGGUUGUUUUUUGAUUUAAGUUGCAGUCGACUCCCUUUUGUUAGUAUUGUUUUAAAUUGUUGAGUAAACUUGUUUUAAUAUGUAGUUGUGAUUGGCAUAAAUCAGUGGAAUUAACUAACAUAGUGUCAAUAA